UCGCACUUUCCAAUCUGUAGAAAUCAAUAACGAUCACUUAAACAAUACAAAGUCGUCACAAUAAUCUUAUCACGAUUCGAAUAAAAUUUCACCAUAAAAAGCCAAUUGAAAAUAAAAUUCGCCAUUUUUAGUAAAUACUCCCAAGUGAUCAGAGAAUAGAGAUGUCUUUGCAUAAGAAAGCGUUCUUCCUUUGUGGAUUACUCUUACUUCUAUGGAACACAAAUGCCCAGCUUUGUACAUCGGGAACUACAUCGUGGGCUACAAACGGCGAUCCACACUAUUUCACCGUGUGUUCUAAUGGCCUACAACUACUCACCAAGUGUCCUUCUUCAACUUUAUAUGCUCAUGGUACCACUAACUUGAAAGAUUGUAGCCCCUACUACGGAGGUUGUUCCCUAACUGUCGGUGGUUGUGUUCCUUGCGAAUAUUUUCCUUGGCCAGCGUCAAAUCCUGCUUCAGUGACAGCACCUCCGUGUUCAUCGGUUGGAGCAGUGGCUCCUUAUUGUGAUCCUUCGUAUUAUUGGUAUUGCUCAUGCGCGACUGGAACUGCAGAGCUGAAAGCCUGUCCAUCUGGCUAUGGAUAUUCUACUAGCCGAACAAUUGGAUGCACCCCUUGGUAUAAUUGGAAUACACAAUCAUAAUUUUCAUUUGCAGAUAUGGUGAAUCCUAUCUAUGGUAACCUUUAAGAUAUAUUAUAAUAAAUACAAUGCGAGUUAUUCUGAAAUAAAUUUUUUGACACUCUAAUA